AUGUCCAAGCCAGGCCUGUUACUGUGGCUGCUGCUGCCUGUUCUCUUCUGCCAGGGCUCAGACGCGGCUGUCAGGACCACCCAGCCACCUUCCACUUGCACUGAUGGCCCCAAGUUCUGGUGCCAAAGUCUGGAGCAAGCUUUGCAGUGCAGGGCUCUGGGGUAUUGCCUGCAGGAAGUUUGGGGACAUGCGGGACCCGAUGAUCUGUGUCUGGAGUGUAAGACCAUCGUCCCAAUCCUCAUCAGUAUGGCCAAGGAGUCCAUGUUCCAGGACAAGAUGAAGAAGUUCCUGAAGAGAGAGUGUGAUGCAUUCCCUGUGAAGCUGCUCGUGCCUCAGUGUCACCGUGUACUGGACAUCUACUUCCCCAUGGUCAUCAACUACUUCCAGACCCACGUUACCCCCCAGGUUGUCUGCGAGCACCUAGGCCUAUGCCAGCCCCAACCCCCCGAGCUCAAGUCCCCUGAGCCAGAACAGGAGUUGGAGCUGCCUAAGGCCCUGCUGGACAAUCUGGUCUUGACCUCAUUCCCCGGGGCCCUCCGCACCCGAACAGGGCCGUACACACAGGAUCUCACAGAGCACCAGUUCCCCAUCCCACUCCCCUUCUGCUGGCUCUGCAAGACUCUGCUCAAGAGGGUUCAAGCUGUGAUUCCCAGGGGUGUGCUUGCCCUGACCGUGUCCCAGGUGUGCCAUGUGGUACCCCUGGUGGCGGGCGGCAUCUGCCAGUGCUUGGCUGAGCGCUACACAGUCCUCCUGCUGGAUGCGCUACUGGGCCGGAUGCUGCCCCGGCUGGUCUGUGGCCUCAUUCUUCGCUGCUCCAGUGAGGACAGUAUCGGCACAGGCCUUGCCAUGCCGGAAUCCCUGCCGGAAGAGUGGAUGCCACCAGACUCUGAGUGCCGCCUCUGCAUGCUCGCCACGAAGGCUGGAAACAGCACAGGGCCUACCAUGCCCCAGACCAUGCUCCAGGCCUGCUUGGGUUCCCCGAUGGAGCAGCUGCAGUGCCAUCGCUUUGUGGAGCGCUUGGUGGAGCAGCACACAGGCCAGCUGCAGAGCAUGCUGACCCAGGGAUGGGACGCCCGCACCACCUGCCAGGCCCUGGGGCUGUGUGAGGCCAACUUCAGCCCCCUCCAGUGCAUCCCGAGCCCCCACUUCUGA